GGAGUCUCAAUGACUCACUAUUUUACAGACAACUGGGAGAAUGUUCAGAACUUUCAGGCCAGACCAGAUGAUAUACUUAUUGCAACAUAUCCCAAAGCAGGAACUACAUGGGUCUCUCAGAUCCUUGACCUGCUGUAUUUUGGUCAGACGUGUCCAGAGAGGCAAAAAACCAUCCCCAUCUAUGAAAGAGUACCCUUUCUGGAGAUCGCCAUCCCAUUUUUGGAUUCAGGGAAAGACCUGGCAGACAAGCUGCCCACCACCCCUCGACUCAUUAAGACUCAUUUUCCUGUCCAGUUUGUGCCAAAGUUCUUCUGGGAGCAAAACUGCAGGAUCGUUUAUGUAGCCCGCAAUGCAAAGGACAACAUGGUGUCUUUUUUCCACUUUGAUCGCAUGAAUGCGAUUCAGCCAGAGGCUGGUGAAUGGGAUAACUACUUCCACAGAUUUUUGGAAGGACAAAUGGUGUUUGGCUCCUGGUAUGACCAUGUGAAUGGCUGGUGGAAGAAGAAACAGACUUACUCAAAUAUUCAUUACAUGUUCUAUGAAGAUAUGAUUGAGCACACUGAACGGGAAAUAGACAAACUCUGCAGCUUCCUCGGUUUGUCUCGUUUAGCCGAGGAGAAGAAAAUGAUCUCAGGUGGAGUCCAGUUUGAUAAGAUGAAAAAGAAUGAGAUGGCCAACUAUUCUACACUCCCGGUUAUGGAUUUCAAGAUUUCUCCCUUCAUGAGAAAAGGGAAGGUUGGUGACUGGAAGAACCACUUCACCGUCGCUCAGAAUGAAGUUUUUGAUGAAGACUACAAGAAGAAGAUGAAAGAUCCCACACUUCAGCUCCGCACUGAAAUUUGA